UCCAAUGUUUCGUGUACCUCAAAUGAGGCCCAUGAGACGCUCUCGUGGAAUAGUGCUCACGAAGGUGACGUUAAUUCAGCCCUUCGAAACCCCCCCUCUGACACCAGGGAGUGAGGACUUUGAUCGUUGUGGGCUAUUGUGCGUCGUGGAGGCCACUUGGCUCAAUAGGUCUGUAGCUUUACUCGGAUUCGAUGCAGCUGCCUUCAUUUUCCAGAUCCUGAGCGCGACUUGUUCCGCCCAUGGCCAGAAUGUGGAAUUGUGUUCGCACAAUUUUCUUGCCCGUCACGCAACGAUCUGGCCAGCAAAUACACCACGGUUUUGGUCCGCAUAUUGGUCGGGAACUACUUUUCUUGAGUACCACAUGCAAUCCUUCAUAACUGGGUUCGAGAAUCCUCACCCAGGAGACAACCUUAAAAAUAAUCCUUUUGGAAUAAGGUGUGAAAGAGAGGAUGCCUCUCUAUCGCUCUUAGGGAAAAAGCUGUUCUCGGUGACAGAACGACGGUAUUCCCAUAGCGUAACAAUAAGCCCGUACGGCUCGCAUUAUGGGAAUUUCGCCAUUGUCACCCUCGUCGAUUCCGAUCCCGAGCGCGUCGAUAGCUUGAAAUACGCAGAAAAAAAAGGCGUUUAUGACGUUGAGCAUUGUCCUCGUCUAAGUGGCCUGGUUGUGUUUCAGCAUCAAUUAUGUACUUCGAUGGAUUCGUGGGAAGACGACUGGACAAGAAUGCUCCUUCAGAUUGACGCCGUGCUGACUGUCAAGGUCAACGAUAUUCUCGAUCCAGAUUCGCGAGAGAGGCACAUGUACGACGACGAAAAGCUCCAACAGUCUGCGUUGUAUUUCAGUCUACUGCAGCUACUUCGCAUUUUCUCGGAAUCGAUCGAACGGAACGUAUCUGACCUUGAGAAUCUAGUAGGGAAAUCACAGACAAAUCUUAAAGAGCGCGCUGUAUGGUAUUACCAGCGCUCGGACGAGAUCAACCGCGAGAUAGCAACCAUCACCCAGAACUGGGAUGUCGUCCUAUAUCGUCAUAAAAAGGCCGCAGACGCACUUCUAGCGCGCAUAUUGCGGAAGACCGAUGAUAUCAAAAGUCUCCAAGACGGGGUAAGUUGGCUAUCAGACUCGAGGCCCAAAGUGGUGGCAAGUUCGCAAGACCUAACGCGAAACCAGUUAUUCAGCGCACUAUCGGUCAAGGAAGCUAUAAAGAGCACCGAUAUCAACCACUAUCUUCUCAUCUUCACCGUCGUCACAAUCCUCUACCUCCCUCCGGCCUUCGUCGCGACGUUUUACGGCAUGCACCUCUUCGAUACCGGGGACGAAAUAGGCUCCACGCAGCGCCAGUUCUGGACCGUCUUCGCCUCCGUCUCAGGCGUGACGUACCUGAUCGCCGUCGUGGCCCUCUUGGGCGUCGACCAGAGGCGCAAGUUGCGCGGGUGGAUUACAAACUGGUAUCGUGGCCCCACGGCCUCGCAAGACAGUGAUGAUGCGGGAAUAAAGAGAAAAUCGAACGCAUCUCCUCGAGGCCACGCCCCGCAUGAGGGCUCUUUCUCUUCCAUGUUUUGUAGACAGACGGGGGCGGAUGAGGAUGUCGAGGCAGCCAAGGGGCCGGACAAGGGCAAGGAGAAAAAGACUACCUAG